UCAAAACAACUUUUUCAUUCCAAAAAAAAACAAGUUUAUUUUCAUGUAACUCAUUCUCUGCAUUUAUGUACAUUGUGUUUUUACAGCUAUCGUAGAAUAUUAUUAUGGCCGAUGAUGACUACUGGAACAAAUCGAAUAUACAAAGUUUUAGCUUCGAUGAAGAUGAAAAGGGUUUUGUGAUCAAACACGAUCAGAAAUUGUUUGUCGACGAUAAUGUGUCAGAGAUUAGUUACGAGCUUCCAGCAAGUAGUGAAGUGCCGUUGCAUCUCAUUAUUUCAGAAAGUAAUCUACGGAAAGUGCUUGAGGAGCAAUCGCUGAAAGAAACUCCAUUACCGAAAACCAUUUCAGCCGAAGAAGAGCUGAAAAUUCUACGACGUCGUGCACAAGAGAAUUUCUCACCGCCACCGGUGUCGUCUGUUAUUCGAAAAAUGCUACUUAAAAAACCAUUUUCGCUGGAAUGUUUUCGGGCACUACACGAAAAGAAGAGCCUAUUGAACGAAGCGAUUCGGUCCGGAAAUGGUGAUGCAAUAUUGACUGUGGUUUUAUUUUUACAACGAACAUUGGAAAAGAAACACUUUCAUACCAUUAUGCAAUCACAUCCAGAAGCUGUUACGCAUUUUAUCAACUAUUUGGUCAUUCGAUGUCAAGUGACCGAAGCAAGUGAUUUUCUAACAAUGCUUGGAAAAUCGAAUGAAAAUAUAAUUCUCCAGUACGAAUCAAUAAUGAAACUGUGCAAGAGUCCAGAUGUUAAAAAGCAAAAACUCAAUAAACUCUACAAUGAAUGCAUUGCCCAUCAAACAGGAACAAUAUGCCCUUACUAUGGAACAAUUGUGACAAAUUACAUAGCACUACUUGAAUGGCAACUAAAGCAGAAAAUAAAUAAUCCAAAAUUGAUCAAUAUUUUGGAUGUAUCGCCUCUAGAAAGUUUAUAUAUUGCUUGUACAAAUCACAAAUGGACCGACGCUUCGUCUGAUUUAUCAGUAGCGAAUCAAUCGAAUCCGUACCAUUUUGCAGACACGUUCAAAAUUGCACAAUCUCAGUUUGAUUGGGUCACACUCACAGAACGCGCACAGAGUCAGGCUUGGCGUGAUUUGGACAAAAUUUUCGAGAAAAAGUCCUGGCACUCCCUCAAAACCACAAAAUCGUUUGCAAUUAGCGUUCCACUUGAAAGAGUCAUUUUCCAAUUGAAUACAUUUGAUGCUCCUGCUGAUGUUUUGAAUACAUUUCUUGCGCACAUUGAUGAUCCACAUCGUCGUCUUGCACUCGCCAAACGUUUCAAUGCAGGCAAAAGUAUAGUCGAUUCACUCGUUGAUCUGAAAGAUCGCGAAGGACUGGAGAAAUUCAUUGCUACACUGCAUAUCCGUGAUAAUGUUCAAAUACACGCCGAAAAUGCACUGAAAAAUUUUCAAAAGUCCAAGUGGAAAGCUGACGGUCUUAAAUUGUUGAAAAAUUAAUUAUUAAUGUUAAAAUUAUAUACAUGCAAUUUUAUAACGCUGAACUAUUUUUUUCAGCUAGAGUUUAUUUUAAAUGUUACUAUUUUAUGAGCUACAUGAUACUUUGUUUUAUUCAACAUGACUAUGUUUUUUAAGAAUGACGGUGCCUUUUUAAAAGAAUGAUUAAAAUAAAGCGGCUAUAUUAAAUGCGUUAGCGAUAAAUCGAAAA